AUCGCCGUCACUUGAGUACGUACGCGUAAACAAGGCUGAGAACGAGGUGAUGCCGGUCGCGUAGAGGCAACUUUGUGGAGCGACGCGCGGCCAUGGCUCGACCCAUCGUGCCGAGCCAGCAGAAGCUGGCGGAGAAGAUGACGAUCCUCAACGACCGCGGCGUAGGUAUGCUGACGCGUAUUUACAACAUCAAGAAGGCCUGCGGCGACGCAAAGUCCAAGCCCGCCUUCCUCUCCGACAAGGCGCUCGAGUCCUCCAUCAAGACGAUCGUCCGCAAGUUCCCCAACAUCGACAUCAAGGGGCUGCAGACCAUCUUCAACAUCCGCAACGAGAUCAUCAAGUCCCUGUCGCUCUACUACUACACGUUCGUCGACCUGCUGGACUUCAAGGACAACGUGUGCGAGCUGCUGACCACCAUGGAUGCGUGCGGCGUUCACAUGGAGGUGAAGAUCAACUUCGACCUGACCAAGGGCUACCUGGACCUCGUCAUCACGUACGUCAGCCUGAUGAUUUUGCUGUCGCGCGUCGAGGACCGCAAAGCGGUGCUGGGGCUCUUCAACGCCGCCCACGAGAUGGUGCACAACCAGUCGGAUCCCAGUUUCCCUCGCCUGGGCCAGAUGAUCAUGGACUACGACGCCCCGUUGAAGAAGCUCUCCGAGGAAUUCGUGCCGCACUCCAAACUGCUGAGGAACGCCCUGAUCUCGCUGUCGCCGGUGUACCCAGGUAGGAAUCUGUCCGCCGACACGUGGCGGGCCGAUCAGAAGCUGAGCCUCGUCGGCAGCCCCGGGCAGAUACUGAAGGCGGCGGCGACCGAGACCAUGUCCUGCGAGACCCUGAGCCUGGACAGAAUCGAGAGAUGGGUGAUCCUCGGAUUCACGCUCUGCCACACAUUCCUGAGUGAGGUGGAGCCGAGCAAGCUGUGGAUCACCGCCCUCGAGUCCGGCUGGGUGCUGGCGCUGUUCCGGGACGAAGUCAUAUACAUACAUCAAUACAUUCAGACGUUCUUCGAGGGUAUAAAGGGAUACGGCAAGAGAGUGUCGGAGGUGAAGGAGUGUUACAAUCAGGCGGUACAGAAGGCCGGCUACAGGCAUCGAGAGAGAAGAAAGUUCUUGAGGACGGCUCUGAAGGAGCUGGGCUUGAUCCUGACGGAUCAGCCCGGUCUCCUUGGGCCUAAGGCGCUGCUGGUGCUGAUGGGACUCAACCACUCGAGGGACGAGGUACUGUGGCUGCUGCGACACGGCGACAAUCCGCCCACUCAAGGUAAAAGCAAGGGACGCGGCAGCGAGGAUUUGGUCGACCGUCAGCUGCCGGAGUUGCUCUUCCAUUGCGAGGAACUGCGGGCGCUGGUGAAGAAGUAUUCUCAGGUGCUUCAGAGGUAUUACGUCCAGUUCCUCGCGGGCUUCGACGCCCCCGCUCUACACCAGAUGAUACAAAAUCUGUCGGUCUGCCCGGAGGACGAGGGAGCGAUUCUUAGUGAUAUGUGUUCAACUAUAGCUAGUCUGACCGUGAAGCAGGUCGAGGAUAAUGAACUGUUUGAUUUCCGUGCCUUCCGACUGGAUUGGGUUAGGCUGCAGGCCUACAUGUCUAUCGCGAAAUGCAACAUGAAUCUGGCUGACAAUCGAGAACUGGCGAGCUUCAUGGACACCAUAAUCUUCCACACGAAGAUGGUCGACAAUCUCGACGAGAUGCUGGUCGAGACGUCCGAUCUGUCCAUCUUCUGCUUCUACAGCAAGAUAUUCGAGGAUCAGUUUCACAUGUGUCUCGAGUUCCCUGCGCAGAACCGGUACAUCGUCGCCUUCCCGCUGAUAUGCAGCCACUUUCAGAGCUGCACCCACGAGCUCUGCCCGGAGGAGCGCCAUCACAUUCGCGAGAGGAGCCUCUCCGUCGUCAACAUGUUCCUGGACGAGAUGGCCAAGGAGGCCAAGAACAUCAUCACGACCAUUUGCGACGAGCAGUGCAACAUGAGCGACAAACUGUUGCCGAAGCACUGCGCCCUGCUCAUCUCGCAGGUUGUCAAUCGCAAGAAGAAGGACAAGAACAAGAAGAACAUGUACGAGAUUCACAAGCCUGGUAUAGAGAGCUAUCGGAAGACCCGGGAGGAAUUGACGACGAUGGACAAGCUGCACAUGGCCCUCACCGAGCUGUGCUACGCCAUCAAUUACUGCCCCACCAUCAACGUCUGGGAGUACACCUUCGCGCCGAGGGAGUAUCUGCAUCAGCACCUGGAGUCGCGAUUCGCCCGCGCGCUCGUGGGAAUGGUCAUGUACAAUCCGGACACCAGCGAGAUCGCCAAGCCGUCCGAGCUCUUCGUCAGCGUUCGAUCUUACAUGAACGUGCUGCAGACCAUCGAGAACUACGUGCACAUAGACAUCACGCGCGUCUUCAACAACGCCCUGCUGCAGCAGACGCAGGAGCUGGACAGCCACGGCGACAAGACCAUAGCCGCGCUCUACACGCAAUGGUACUCGGACGUUCUGCUGAGGCGGGUCAGCGCCGGUAACAUCUGCUACUCGGCGAACCAACGGGCGUUCGUCAGCCUGUCGGUGGAAGGCGCGAUACCGUUCAACGCCGAGGAGUUCUCCGACAUCAACGAGCUGAGGGCACUGGCCGAGCUGAUAGGCCCGUACGGUAUGAAGAUGCUGAACGAGAACCUCAUGUGGCACAUCGCCAGCCAGGUGCAACAGCUGAAGAAGCUGGUGGCCGGCAACAAGGACGUGCUGAUCUCCCUGAGAACCAACUUCGACAAGCCGGAGGUGAUGAAGGAACAGUUCAAGAAGUUGCAGCACGUGGACAACGUUCUUCAGCGGGUCACCAUAAUAGGCGUGAUUCUCAGCUUCCGGCAGCUGUCGCAGUCGGCGCUGGUCGACGUGCUGGAGGAGCGCAUACCGUUCCUGCUGAGCUCCAUACUGGACUUCCGGCACCAUCUGCCGUCCGGCGAUCCCAUGCGCGUCGUCUCCGAGAUGACGUCGGCCGCGGGCCUGACCUGCAAGGUCGAUCCCACUCUCACGACCGCGCUGCGAAAUCAGAAGGCCGAGGUCGACGAGGACGAGCACCUGCUCGUCUGCCUGCUGAUGGUCUUCGUCGCGGUCUCCAUCCCGAAAUUGGCCCGCAACGACAACUCCUUUUACAGGGCGUCGCUCGAGGGCCACUCCAACAACAUACACUGCAUGGCCACCGCGAUAAACAACAUAUUCGGCGCGCUCUUCACGAUCUGCGGGCAGAACGAUAUAGAGGACAGGAUGAAGGAGUUCCUCGCCCUGGCCUCGUCGAGCCUGCUGAGACUGGGCCAAGAGGCGGACAAGGAGGCGACUCGGAACAGGGAGUCCGUCUACCUCCUGCUCGAUCAGAUAGUUCAAGAAUCUCCAUUCCUGACGAUGGACCUGCUGGAGAGUUGUUUCCCGUAUGCACUGAUACGCAACGCAUAUCACGACGUGUACAAGCUCGAGCACUCGCAACCAUGAGGCUGAUAGCGAGAUCGCAGGACGGGGUGCUGCAUCUGUAACUUGCCACUCAGGGCCACUGUUUUACGUUCUCCGGUAACAUCGGACGCGAAACUUUGCUACUAUGUGUCGCCUGGCCAAGCGAUAACUUUCCGGAUGGGAUUAGUUUACGGUUAGCUGAAAGAAAGGGAGAGAAUGAGAGAACGGCAGAUGCGUACGAUUGUUCGAGAGUUGAUCAAGUUAUCGACAACAAGUUAUUCCUCGAUGUUGCGACAGACCGGUGCAAGCUUGCGACAUUGUAAUGCACCUCUAGCCAUUUCCCUACGUUGCUUGCGGCAAAAAAUCGCGCGUCGGAUCAAUCCGUACAAUCGAGACAAUUGUUAAUCGCGAAACAUUUCUAUAAUUCGAUUCUGCCUUUGCGAGAAGCUUCACUCGAACUCUCUUCACGGAGAAUUAAUCGACUCGGAUUUCAUAAUGCGCACCGAAGUGAUGUGUAAUAUGCAUUUCUUUUUCCAAUGUACAGUAUUAUCUCAGUUACAUUUGCGACAUCCGGCUCGAAGUGUUGGUUGAUAACGCAAUUGCAUAUCUUGGAUUCCAGUCGAGUAUUGUUAUAUUAUAUGUAUUUUACGUAAAGGAAUUUUUCUAUUGCACAGAGGGAUGCGCGGUUGUAAGCUCCCGUGACUUCUGAAGAUCGCGAAUAUUCAUGUAUCACACAGUAGGGAUCGUCGUUUACCCACUAUGACUUUUUAAUGUACAAUUGUAACUCUUUUACAAUAGUUUAUAUACCAAAUAAAAUUAUGUGUACAAAAAAA